AUGGUUGUGGGGAAAAAACAACCAAUUUAUCGUCGAUCAGGUUUAGAAUUCACAAUUGAAUGGAAACAAACAUUAAAUGAAAAUGAAGAAGCGAAAUCAAAAUUAUCAGCUGCACAAGUUCUGGAAAUAUUUCGAAAAAUUUCUGAUUCAGUUUGUGAAAUUCUCGGCAUGAAUCCUCAACAAACACGACCUGAUUGGAUGAUUCCAACUGUUUUACCAGUUCCUCCUAUAUGUAUUUGUCCAUCAAUAUUAUCAUUUGAUGAUACAACUCAUUGCUAUGAUGAUUUGACAUACAAUUUAGCAAAUAUAAUUAAAUCAAAUAUUAUUUUACGUGAAGAUUCACAUAUCAUUGAAAAACAUUUACAAUGA